AGCCCGGCACAGGUGAGUCACGGCAGCAGCAUGAGCACGGCAGACCCAAGUCACGCUGCGAGAGCAGCCCAAGACUCGCACCCGGGCCAGGCGGCGGUCGCCUUGGCUUACCAGCGCUUCGAGCCCCGCGCCUACCUCCGAAACAAUUAUGCGCCCCCGCGGGGGGACCUGAGCAUCGCUGAUGGCGUUGGACCUUGGAAGCUGCGCUGCUUGGCGCAGACCUUCGCCACCGGUGAAGUGUCUGGGCACACCCUCAUCGACAUUGGUUCAGGCCCCACCAUAUACCAGCUGCUCAGUGCCUGCACCCACUUCAAGGACAUCACCAUGACAGACUUCCUGGAGGUGAACCGCCAGGAGCUGGGGCUCUGGCUGCGCAAAGAGCCCCAGGCCUUCGAUUGGAGCACUUACAGCCAACACGUCUGCCUCAUUGAGGGCAAGGGUGAGUCCUGGCAGGAGAAGGAGCACCAGCUGAGAGCUAGAGUGAAGCGGGUCCUCCCCAUCGACGUGCACCAGCCCCAGCCCCUUGGUGCUGGGAACCUGGCUCCUCUGCCUGCUGAUGCCCUGGUCUCUGCCUUCUGCCUGGAGGCAGUGAGCCCCGACUUUGCCAGCUUCCAGCGGGCCCUGGACCACAUCACCACACUGCUAAGGCCUGGGGGGCACCUCCUCCUCAUCGGGGCCCUGGAGGAGUCGUGGUACAUGGCUGGGGAGGCCAAGCUAAUGGUGGUGUCCCUGUGUGAGGAGGAGGUGAGGGAGGCCCUGGUGUGUAGCGGCUACAAGGUGCGGGACUUGCGCACCUACACCAUGCCUGCCCACCUUCUAACAGGUGUAGAUGAUGUCAAGGGCAUCUUCUUUGCCUGGGCCGAGAAGAAGGUCGGGGUGUGAGGCCCCAGCACCAGCGGCCCUCAGACACCCAGGCUCCCUAUUCUGAGGUGGCUCCUAAUAAAGAGAUGUUGCUCCUGCC